UGACGGGGACAACAGGGAGGUGAGGCUCUCUCCACUGACCAUAGCCCUGAUUGUUCUGCUGGUGCUGGCCUUGCUAGCUGUCGUUGGCCUUGUGGCUUUCAUGUUGCUGACAACGAAUGACCGGGCAGGCAGAGGCGUGGCCGAUAUUUUGGAAGAGGCCCCACAACCAGGAGAGAACUCUGCGGUUCGAAAUGCUAAGAAUUUCUACAUCUCCUGUGAAAAAGAUGAUGUCCUUGAGUCCCGAGGUGACAAACACUUCAAAGCGUGGAUCAAAGCACAGUUUGGAGGCUGGCCUUUGACUAGUCCCACAUGGGAUGAAACUUUCUUCGACCUCACCGACUUCCUGAUCCGAACCUCACGAUACGGGGCCAAUGGAAUCAUCUCUCUCUUCGUUGCCAUUGACUUGAAAAACUCUGACUCCUACGUGCUUACGGCCUCUCCGACCCAGACAGCGCUGAGAGGGAAGUGGCCGACAUAGUGGACUUUGAAAUAGAGCUGAUGAAGAUCUCAGUUCCAUCAGAAGAGAGGAGAGACAGCAACUCCUUGUACAAUCCUAUGACACUGGGAGAAGUGCAAGGAAACUACAGCCAAGAGACUGGCAUCGACUUCCUGAGGUACUUGACGUCCUUGACAUCAGCCCCGGAUGUUGGGGUCACUGAUGUCACUGUGGAUGAGCGCAUCAUCAACCGCUCACCUUUGUACUACAGCAGACUCGGACAGGUUUUGGCGAAAACCCCGAAGAGGACCAUCGCCAACUACGUCAUGUCACGAGUGGCCAUGAGGUACACACCCACGCUCACCCAGAUCUAUCGGGACUACAGGCAAGAUUAUCGAAAGGUUGUGUUCGGCACCAGUAACGAAAAACGGCGAGACUUGUCCUGCUCUUCCCUGGCCAGCAAAAUCAUGGACAUGGCUGUGGGUCGAGGCUACGUGCGCAAACAUUUCGACCCGGCGGCCAAGUCAGAGGCUGUACAGAUGGUUGGCUACCUGCAAACAGCUUUCAAUGAGCUAGUGGAUGAGUUGGAGUGGAUGGAUGACAAAACGAAAGCAGUGGCCAAAGAAAAGAACGAAUUCAUCGAACCUCGGAUCGGGUAUUCCGAGAGCAUCUACAACAACACAAAACUCAAUGAGCGGUUUGUUAAUGUUACAUUUUAUCCUGAUAAAUACUUCGAGAAUAAUGUGCACAUAACUAAAGAAUCAUCGGCGCACAACUGGAGGAGACUGCGACAACCCGUGGACAAAGAAGAGUGGUUUGAUACUCCCCAUACAGUCAACGCUUUUUACAGUUCUUCACGGAAUGAAAUCUCGUUCCCUGCUGGUAUUCUGCAGCCGCCAUUUUUCCACAAAGAUUUCCCAAAGUCAGUCAACUUUGGAGCUAUCGGCACGGUGAUGGGCCACGAAAUUACUCACGGAUUUGAUGACAGAGGUCGACAGUUUGACAAAGAUGGGAAUUUGCUGCAGUGGUGGGAAGAUGAAGCUAUAGAGAAAUUCAAGAAACAAACUGGAUGUCUGGUGGAUCAGUACAGCAAUUACACCGUGGAACAAGUGGAUAUGAACCUGAAUGGUAUCAAAACCCAGGGAGAAAACAUCGCUGACAACGGAGGGGUUAAACAGAGCUUUUGGGCCUACAAAAAUUGGGUGUCCACUCACAGCGAGAAAGAUCCAGCCCUACCUGGGCUCAACUUCACGCACAACCAACUCUACUUUUUAGCUUUUGCGCAGGGUAAUCGGCUCUGUCCAGAACUCUGAAGAUUUUGCCAAGGCUUUCAACUGCCCUAAAGGGUCGCCUAUGAACCCUGAGAAGAAGUGCAAUGUCUGGUGAUGACAGCUUCUGUUCUAGGAAACAUAAUAUUGCUGUGUUUCUGCUUGCAGGGGUGAACAAAGGAGGAGUCUACUGAUAAAACGGGCGUAGUCACAAACUGGAAAUUGUGAGGGUGUCAAUUUUAAAAGCUUGUAGACUCAUAAUUUCAUUUGU